GCAGCCAAAAGUUAGCAGCCAGCAGCCAGCAGCCAGCCAGCCAGUCCACAAAGGCAGGCUUGGGUCCGGGUAUGCGGUCUGGGUCUGGGUCCGGGUCCGGGUCCGGGUCCGAGUUCGGCCGUGGGUGAACUGAUGGCCGAGCAGUGCAGCAAUUCGUGGAGAAGCAGCAGCAGCAGCAGCAGCAGCAGACGCAGCGAUCACAGCAAUCUGGCGGUCAGGUCUCCAGAGCAGAGGCAGGAGACAGACGCAGGAGACGCAGGUCACGAAUUUAUGUCGCCGCGCCCCUGCUUGCAGAUGAGGUCGAGAAGGGACCAGGGUCGCCACGGCUGGUGUCCCUCUCCAUGGAUGGAGGUUGCAGCAAUCCAUGCCCACCCCCAUGCUGCAUCCCCGCUCUUAUCGUGCGAUCCAUCGCCUUACUCGAUAAAAUGCCCGACCUGGGACUGGGCGCCGCGCCCCUGGCCAGCCUCGACUCGCUGUCUGGCUCGCCGGAGAGAAGUUUCAAAGCGACCUCUCUCGCUCGCCCGCCACGGCAGCCAACCACCAGGUCAACGGGAGGGUGGAGUCUUGCUUGGGCCACGGCCGCCCGGAGGCAGCGCAGCGCAGCGCAGCGCAUGAAUCGAUCAAUUAUUCUGGAAGCUGGAAGAAGUGAUGGUCACCAUAUUGAGCCUCGCACUUGCCGGCUGCCGCCAUUGGGCAGAAUAUGGGAUGGCGCCGCAUGCUCGAGCAGCUCAACGGGCGAGCUGCAUCG